CACCGUUCAUGCCAAUCUCCGUCUUCUUUGUUCGAAUGCUCGAUUGAUUUACAGUGGCAUGUGACUCUAAUAAUCUUGUUCAUAUUAUUCAAUUGUCCCGGGUCGGCCUUUUAUUAGCACAAUGUCGACCCCGAAACCGCGUGGCCGUCGGUCACCUCGAGACUCUAGUUCUGGGGCAAACACCCCGGUAGGAGACACAACACUCACUGGGCUUCAGCGUCUACCCGGCCAUACGCGAUACCCUCUUACACCGAGCCGUUUAAAUGUAACGACCACGCCAUCCGGAAACCGAUCUGCUUCGCGAUUCACACCACGGAAUCGAGCUGGUGCUGCUCCUUCGACACCGUACGGACUUCGUGCAAUGCAGCGACGCGCAGCAAACACGCCAGGGCGGGACCGUCGGAGGAGCGGGCGGGUACAAAGGGAAACUACAUUUGACAUCCUACGGAAUCUAGGAAGAACCCUCGCCCCUACAACCCAGCCGAUUCAAUCGUCGCCACAAGAACAGCCCGAGCCCGAAGAGGAAGAAGAGGAAAAAGAAAGGGAUGAGAUCGAAGAGCUAGACAACGAGCCUGCAUUAGAACGACCAAGACUAUCCCUGCCAUUGGAAGAUGUAGAGGAGGUUGAGGAAGGGAGUCCCGACAUACCGCCACCCAGACUCUCGUUAGCAUUUGAGGAAGAAGACCUCACUCAGGUGUCGGUCGAGUAUCCUCGCCGGGCUGCCAACGAGAGUGACAAGACACGAUUAUCCAUGAUGAGCUAUGGUGGUCCACGACUCAGUGAGAAUUUUGGCGACUCAACUAGGCUAGAAAGCGGGUCGGAAGGCGGCGAUGAUACGGCUAUGGAACGCGACGAGGGUGAGGAUACCGUCGUUAGCCAAGGCGCUUUCGAUAGAGGAGGAGAAACCGAAGACUUGGGACGGUUCAACUUUGAUUUCAACUUCCCCUCUCCUCCGCCUCCCGGUGCCGAUGAUGCGGACCAGGUUGUUCUAAAUGACGACGAAGGGUUUGAGCUGCCUGCAAUGGAUUUACAACCGGAGGCAAAUGGCAUGCCCUCCGACGACGAUGACGAUGACGACCAUGCUGUUGCUGGAGAUUUCGGGCUGGAUCUCAAUAUCCCAGGUCGUGCUUCACUAAGCGAAAGUCCCGGGAUCGUCGGGGGUGGGCUGCGAGAGGAAGAAGGCAUUACUCCAGGCUCAAAGCAGAAGAAACUCUCUCGCCAUGGCAUCCCUGUCCCUAACAUGCCUGCCGGGGUGGUCCGAAAGAUGGCUAUUCGAUUUGCGCGAGCAAGAGCCGGAUCGAAGGCAAAGAUCAACAAGACGACAUUGGCUGCAAUUGAGCAAGCAUCAUCGUGGUAUUUCGAGCAAGUGAGUGAAGACCUGACUGCGUAUUCCAAGCACGCAGGGCGCAAAACCAUCGAUGAAAACGAUGUUACAGCUUUGAUGAGAAGACAACGUCAUGUCAAUAACUCAACCACCAUCUUCUCUCUCGCGCAGAAGCAUCUGCCCAAGGAACUACUACAGGACAUGAGACUGGCAAUGCCACCAUGA